CUUCAAGAGCUUAAUGCCACUCACUAUUCUUCAUUUUAUUCCAUGGUCCCAAAGGAAUCUUAUCAGAACAUUGGGAUUAUUCGCCUGUUUCAAUAUUUUGGAUGGAAUUGGGUUGGGAUCUUUGCCGUUGAUAAUAACAGUGGAGAACAUUUCUUGCAGAGUCUGGAACCACUGCUUUCGGAGAAUGGGAUCUGUUCAGCCUUUAUAAAAAGGCUACCCUAUAUAGCACGUUUGGAUGACACAUUUAUAGAUAUAAAUGAAAUUUAUUCAUAUUUAAUAAGUGAUAUAAACACAUUUAUCUUGUAUGGAGAAUCUUUGACCAUUGCAGCUCUAAGAGUCAUCUUAACUGCAGGAGGUCUUGAAAAUAAAAACUUCUUUUUCAAGAAGGUGUGGAUCUUGACAGCUCAAUUAGAAUUCAUUUUAACUGGCCUUUCAAGAGGUUGGGAUCUUCAGAUUUUCCAUGGUGCCAUUGCUUUUGCCAUUCACUCAGAGGAUAUUCCAAAUUUCAGAGAAUUUCUAAGGACAACAAACCCUCACUGGAACAAAGGAGACAAAUUUAUUCAGGUCUUCUGGGAACAAGCAUUUGACUGUUUCUUUCCAGAGUCUUGGGAGCAAACAGAAGUCAUGGGGCAAUGUACUGGGAAUGAGAAGCUUGAGGAUAUAUUUAAGCCUCUGUUUGAAAUGAGCAUGACUGGACACAGCUACAGUGUCUAUAAUGCUGUCCACAGUGUGGCUCGAGCUUUGCAUGCUAUGUGCUCUUCUCAAUCCAACUACAACAGAGGGAAAUAUACCUCCCAUACAAAUAAGAGAGGGAAUACAGUCAAAAUGCAAACUCUGCAGGCUUGGCAGCUCCAUCCACUUCUUCAAAGCAUUUCGUUUAACAACUCUGUAGGAGAGCGAGUAUCCUUUGAGCAUAGAAUGGAAACAGGGGGGAAAUUUGAUAUUAUUAAUUUGGAGACACUGCCUAACAAUUCCUUCCAGAGAAGAAAAGUUGGAAAAGUGGACCCAAAUGCUCCUCAAGGUGAACAAUUCACCAUUGAUGAAAGUAUGCUGGUGUGGCAUCCAGGAUUUAAACAGGUACCUCCCUUUUCUUUAUGUAAUGAGCGUUGUCGGCCAGGUUGUCGGAAGAAAAAAAAGGAAGACCAACCAUUCUGCUGCUAUGAUUGCAUUCUAUGUCCAGAUGGAGAAAUCUCAAAUUCAACAGAUAUGGAUGACUGUUUCAGAUGCCCAGAAGAUCAUUAUCCCAGCAAUGGCAGAAACACAUGUAUCCCCAAGAAUAUAACUUUCUUGUCUUAUAAAGAUCCCUUAGAGAUCAGUUUAUCUGCCAUUGCUGUUUCUUUUGUCCUCAUCACAAUAUUAGUACUACAAAUAUUUAUUAAGCACAAAGAUACCCCAAUAGUCAAAGCCAACAAUCGAAAUCUCAGCUACAUUCUUCUCAUCUCCCUCCUGCUGUGCUUCCUCUCUCCUUUUUUGUUCCUUGGCCAACCAGAAGAAGUACGCUGCCUUCUCAGGCAACCAACUUUUGGCAUCCUCUUCUCAGUGGCUGUAUCAUGUGUGUUGGCAAAAACCAUGAUUGUUUCUUUGGCAUUCCUAGCCACAAAGCCUGGAUCUUGGAUGAACAAGUGGGCAGGCAGAAGAUUACCUUAUUCCAUUGCCGUUUCUUCUUGCCUUAUUCAAGCAAGCAUUUGUAUAGCAUGGUUAGCAACCUCCCCUCCAUUCCCUGAGGUGGACAUGCACUCUGCACAUGAGGAAAUCAUCCUGCAAUGCAAUGAAGGGUCUGUCACCAUGUUUUACUGUGUCUUGAGCUACAUGGGCUUCUUGGCUCUUGCCAGCUUCAUUGUAGCCUUCCUGGUUUGCAAGUUACCUGAUCGUUUUAACGAAGCCAAGUUUAUUACAUUCAGCAUGCUGGCCUUUUGUAGUGUUUGGAUUAGCUUUGUCCCCGCGUACCUAAGUGCAACUGGAAAAGCCAUGGUGGCUGUGGAAAUCUUCAGUAUCUUAACCUCUGGUGCUAGUUUACUAGGUUGUAUCUUCUUCCCUAAAUGCUAUAUCAUUGUAUUGAGGCCUGGGCUGAACAACAGGAAACACCUCUUGAGACAGUUUUAGGUAAUGUCCAUGGUAUUACUUUGGAUGGGGUUAGACUAUGAGGAAUGGCAAAAACAUACAAGAGGUUAAAAUAGGUAUAAUCACUUCCACAACUUUUGAAUAUGCACUUUAACUACAUAUGUUCUUUAAAAUGUUUAUAUCUCGUGUUUUAAUAGAGUUUAAUAGUGUUUUUAAUUGAUGUUGUUAUUGUUUUAUUGUUUUAUGGUUUUUGUUAUUGUUUUAUUGUUUUAUGGUUUUUGUUAUUGUUUUAUUGAAUGUGUUUUGGGCAAUGGAAUUUUGCCGACUGUUGUAAGCUGCCCUGAGUCCCUACAGGUAAGAAGGGCGGCGUAAAAGUGAUGUAAAUAAAUAUUAGCUAUGCUGGAUAGAUGGAUGGGAGUUGCCAUCCAAUAAUAAUUGGAAGGCUGUAGUCCCUAUCUCAGUCCAGCCCCCAGUCCUAGUUCGAUAAUAUGAUAAUUUGUUUCUCUUUUUUUUGCAGAACUUUUAAGCUAUGAUAUUAUUCUAUAAAGAAAUGUUUACUCCUAUUACAGAAAUUUCUGGUGGCAGGAAAAAGCUAAAGAAUGGCAGUCAGAGUUCGAAGAAGUUCACAUAAUUAUGGGU